AUGGCGAAACUCAAGGCACAUGAAGAACUCUCCACUAAUGCGAAUACUAUCAAAGCUAGCAACUGCGUCUCCAACCUUACUGAAGAUGAGAAGGCUGUUCACUUAGUACUCAAGGCUGACCAUGCUGAUCUGAGCUACUACUUAAAGAAGUUAUAUAAGUCUGCAAAGUCGCGAGAUAUUUUAAAUGACGAGGCUGUUCUACCAGAUGAGCUUUCCGAUGAAGAGAUCACUAGCACCCAGGCUCUCUUAACUCAGCGCACAUUGAUAGUCCAAUUUCCGCAAGUGGCAACAUUUCUGGAUAGCUGUAUCCACUCAUAUACGAGAAAGGCUGAAAAGCUGAGAAAGAAGCCUGAGCGUCUCUUUGAGUAUAUGCCGUGGAUUGAUGUAGAGGAAGG